AUGCUUCUCGGCCACUGCUCGAAGUGUGGUAAAACUGAGGGCCUGAUGAACUGCUCCCGCUGCCAUGGUGCUACCGGGGCAUAUUGUUCCAAGGAGUGCCAGGCCGCCCACUGGAAGAUCCACAAACCAGUCUGUAAGCCCCUCGAAGCGGGCGAGGUGUGGGGUAUCAAGAUCCUCGAUAACCGCUACCAGCCAUGGUCGCGCCAGUUCCAGCACGUCCUCCUAGAGCCUUCGCACCCGGUAUUCACGCAGGGCGAGCUCUGCCCCGUCACAGCGGAGUGUGGCUUCCCGCUCCUGAUCUGGAGCGAGGCUAUCCAUGGCGGGCUACCAGCCAUGGAGAAUAACCAGCCGGCGGUGUAUCUCCGCAUCGAGCUCGAUGACGGCUUUGCCCCCUUCCACUGGCAGAGGACAGACCCUGGAACGUGCAUCGUCGUGCGCCAAGACCGCAAGCUCCUUACCAAGGAAGCUAUCGAAAUCGUUUACAAUUUCCACUCCUACCUGCUCGACCGCGCAGACCCUGAGAACGCGGAAAGCGGCCACGGUGCGUUUGGGCAACCGUUGAACCCGGAGUGGCUGCGUUCCUUCGCGGAUGACUAUCGUGAGGAUGAGACGAGCCGUGGUCGGAAGGGCUUCGACUUCUUUCCCUGA